AUGAACCUUAUGGGCCACCACGCUUACGACAAUGACUUUGCCAUCAUCUUCUGGUUCCAUGCGCGACGCCCCAUGAACUCCGCGCAACGACGUCUUGCUCGCCGAGAUCGCGUAUUCGCCCCCAUCCGAGACUUUUAUGGCGAUACCCUCUUACCCAUCGUCUGGAGGGGAUCUGAGAUCUAUAUUACGAUACGUGACUGUAUAGCUGUUCGUGCAACACUGCCGGAACUAAUUUUUCGAUCAUAG